CAGACCUCACUGCAACCAGUGUUAACUUUUGAGCUUCAGUAAAUGGGCGACACAAUCAAGAUGAGAGGGGUUUAUAAAGAUAUACCACAAAUUUAAUGACAGUGAAAGGAUAAAAUGAAAUGUUCUUUUUUUUUUUUCUUCUUUUUUUUCUGCUUGUUUGCUUUCGGUCAAAAGAAUGGCUUGGUUUGUUUUAUUUAUGCCAACUCCAUCCAGUGUAUGUGUGUGCUUUGUUUGGGAAUUAAACUGCUUGGCUUCAAAUAGAAUUAACAACAGAUGAUGGAACCAGUUACACGUGCUCUCCUGAAAGUUAUUGUCGAGUGUUUCUGUGAAAUAGAUGCCAGGCUUUUCUUGGACGUGGAGUACGGGUCGGGUUUUGGCUUGGAUAUAGACGUUUUCUGAACUUGGAAACAAUGGAUCUUGUUCAAAGAGAAAGUUUAAUUGACACAAAAAAGGUGAAGUAACUAUGCAGGUGCCUGAUUUAUAGGGAACCGUUUGCCUCCGACUAUUCCCAGUAUCUUGGAGGUAGGGUUUGCUGGGAUGGGAUAUGUCCUUAGUUUUGUUAGACACUGAAGGCUCAGUUCCAGCAGCUUGAAGCAAACCUGCAUGUCGUGUCAGGACAGGACGGUUUAGCGGUUGAGGUCGUCGUCAUCAGCUGAAGUGUAAGGAAGUGAAGCAAGCCUUUUCUUUAGCUUCACAAAGCUUCCUCAUUUGCCAUGUUCCUCUACUGGAAGAAGCGAGGGGCCUAUGAACUGGAAACUCUUCCCUCCUCUCAAAUGGAGCUGUUUCCAGAGCGCUUCUCCUGGUCCUCCUCCCUGGAGGUCAUCCACGAUCCAUAUGAUGAGAAGCCCCCUCAGGAUGAUGAGUGUGUGGUGUGUCAGCAUCCAGGCUGCACAGAGCACCGCCGUGCCGCAAAGGUGUGCCAUCAUCCAGACUGUCAGGAUCUGAAUAGCAAGAGCCCUCUUCACCUGUGUGAGUCAUGUGACUCCCGCUGCCACCCAGACGAGACGGACAAUAUGCACUUUGACCGUCACCCUCGCUUUCAUCUCCAGCCACAAGGUUCCAUCCUGGCGCGGAAUGUGUCAACCCGCUCCUGUCCCCCCAGGACCAGCCCCCCCUCAGACCUGGAGGAGGAGGAGGAGGGGGCCACAGAGAGAGGGGAGCGUAAGCCUGGAAAGAUGAAGCCGAAGAAGAAGCAUCGUCGGCGUUACACUGAUGACCCCAGUAAAGAAUGCUUCACCCUAAAGUUUGACCUGAACGUUGACAUAGAUACAGAGAUUGUUCCCGCCAUGAAAAAGAAGACACUAAGAGAGCUACUGGGACCAGUGUUCGAGCGGAAGGGCAUUGAGUUGUCGCGGGUAGACCUGUUCCUAGACCAGUCGAACACUCCCCUCUCACUCCACUUUGAGGCUUACCCUUUUGGAGGGCACUACCUUAAAGUCAAAGCUCGUCCUGGUGAUGAGUUGAAGGUGGAUCAGGGGGUAAAAGACUUGCGCUUCCUCAGUCUGCCCAACAUAAAGAGCUCGAGUGGGAUCAGCCCCUAUAUCCUCAACCCCACCAACGACAAAGUCGAUCAUGGCUCCCUUUCCCGCCAAGACAACGUGGACAUCCUGGGUCAGGCGCGUCGGCGCAAGAACAUGAUGGAAUUCCUGGGUGAUGCCAGCAUCCCGUCCCCAGACUCCUUGGCUCAGCUCGGGGGCUCCCUGCCCUCCGUGGCGCCUCUCGGCGUUCCCAAGAACCGUCCGGCCAGCCGCUUCAGUGGCUUCUUCUUCCCCUCGGGAGCGGGCAAGGAGCUGGACCGGGUGGAGCUGCUUAACAACCGACUCCAGUUCUACACGUACAACGGCUUGCCCAAGGUGUCGUCCUUCCACCAGGACUCCUGGGAGGAGGACGAUGAGGAGCCAGGUCUGACGUUGGAGGACAGCUGGCAGCAGCUCCUGGAGAAUCCAGAGACUCUGAGCCGGCGGCAGGUCCACCAGCAGGAGGCGAUAUGGGAGCUGAUCCACACCGAGGCCACCUACAUCAAGAAGCUCAAGGUCAUCACUGAUCUGUUCCUAUGUGGCCUGCUGCACCUGCAGGACUGUGGACUGCUGAGCGAGGUGGAGCCAGGCAAACUCUUCAGCAACAUCCAGGACCUGGUGCGUGUGCAUGCCACACUGUGGGUCCAGGUCAUGGAACCGGUACUGGAGCGAGCGCGGAGAGACCGCAGCCUCCUGGACCCCAUGCACCUGCUACAGGGCUUCCAGACGUUUGGCUCACGGUUCCAGCCCUACUUACGUUACUGCAUGGAGGAGGAGCGAUGCAUGGAGUACAUGCGCAGCCAGCUACGGGACAACGAGCUCUUCAGAAUCUACAUCACGUGGGCCGAGGGCAACAAGCAGUGCGCCAGGCUGAAGCUGGCCGACAUGCUGGUGAAGCCACACCAGAGGCUCACCAAGUACCCACUGCUGCUCAAGACCAUCCUGAAGAAGACGGACGAGCCUGCCGCCAAAGACGCCCUGCUCAGCAUGCUGGCGUGUGUGGAUAGCUUCAUCAACAGCGUGGACACUCAGAUGCAGCAGAAGCAGGAGCAGCAGAAGCUGGCAGCCAUUUCGGCUCGCGUGGAGAGCUACGAGGCGGUGGAGGGCGGCACCGAGGAGGUGGAGAGGAUCCUGAGAGAGUUCAACCACAUUGACCUGAUGGCUCCUAUGAUUGACACCUCUCCGGAGGAGACUAGACAGCUCCACCUGGAGGGGGCGCUGCGCAUGAAAGAAGGCAAAGACAGCCGGAUGGACGUUUACUGCUUCCUAUUUACCGACCUCCUGCUCGUCACUAAACCAGUCAAGCGCGUCGAGAAGGUGAAAGUGAUCAGACCACCCCUCCUUGUUCAGAACGUUGUGUGCAGGGAACUGAAAGACCCAGGCUCUUUCGUCCUCAUUUACCUCAACGAGUUCAAAAGUGCUGUGGCUGCCUACUCGUUCCAGGCCAACAGCGCCCCCCAGGGGAGAAGCUGGAUAGAUGCACUCUCCAGUGCACAGAGCCAGCUACAGCGUCUGCGGUCAGAGGAGGGCCGCCGUCGGAGGGCCAGACUGAGGCAGAGGCUAGAGGACGGGGAGGAGGACGAGCGAGGCGAAGAGAGCUGCACCUCCACCGCCAGCUCCCCACGGCUCCAGAACAAAGAGCAGCAUCACACGGGAAGCUCGGAUGGCUCCACCGAGACGCUUUCAGUGAUGGACGCAGACGAGUCGGAAGCGUGCUUGGAUUCGUCCACUCUGCAGGCCGACCCCGUUGUGACCCCGAUGCCCCUUCCCGACGGCAGCCCCGUGGCCCCGGGCUCACAGAAGGCCCAGGGCGCGGGCGAGGCCGACCCCCUGCCGCAGAGCUCGGAGCGCCGCUCCGUGUCCGUGGACAGUGCCUACGGAACGCUCUCGCCCGAGUCCUUGCUGGAGAUGCAGACGCUGACGGCCACCAGCGAGGAGGAAGUGUCGGUGGGCACGGGGGGAGGAGGGGAGGACGAGGAGGAGGGAGAGAGAGAAAGAGGAGGCGACCGAGGGGAGGAGCUGGAGGAGCUGGAGGACCAGGACCAGGAGGAGGAGGAGGAGGAGGAGGAGGAGGAGGGGGCAGAGAACAGGGGCUCUCCUUGCUCGCUGCUCUCGCCCGCGCGCCACCUGAAGCCGCGUCGGCGCGCGCCCGUGCAGCUCCGCCUGCCCUGCCUCCAGAGGUUGGCGUUCAAGUGCCGCUCGGAGGACAACCUGCUGCAGUGCGUCAGUGGCAACGGCAGUCGCCCCUUGGCACGCGCCGACACCGAGCCUGCCCGGGUGAGCCCCCAGUGGCCGGACGGUGGGCUGGGGCAUAGCAGGAGCCUGUGCGAACUGAUCCCAAGCAGCGCAGGGCACAAGGUGGAGGCGCCCCUGCCAGACAUGGAGAAAGAGGAAAGCUGCCAGCUGUCGCACAGCCUUCCCGCCACCUUGCUGGCGGACACUCUGCGCCGUGCCAGGGGCGACUACAAGAGGGGCCAAAUGAGCUAUGGCUGCUCGGAUGCGGAGGGGAGCUGCAGCGCGUCGGAGGAGGACAGGGGUUGCGGAAAGAGUUCGCCGCAGCAGAAGAAGAAGCUGACCAUGGCGCAGCUGUGCAGAAUCCGAACCACACUGGUGCUCAACUCCACCCUCACAGCCUCGUGA